AGCAGCGGUACGUGGGCCCGGUGGGCCCCCAGCAGCUCAUGGCCAGCAUGCACCUACAGAAACUCAACACCCAGUACCAGGGUCACCCGCUGGGAAUGAGCAAGGAGCCCCUGGGAGCUGGUGCCCAGCAGUACCGAGCGGGGCCGGGCCAGCACCCCGGCAUGCAGCACAUGCCCCCGCCGGCACUCACCUUGAAUGUUAUGGACGCUGAUCUCGUAGAUGAGGAGGUCUUGACAUCCCUUGUCCUGGAACUGGGGUUGGACCGGAUUCAGGAGCUGCCAGAGCUAUUCUUGGGACAGAACGAGUUCGACUUCGUUUCAGACUUUGUUAGCAAACAGCAGCCCAGUGCCAUCAGCUGCUGAGGGGCUUUGAGCUCCUCCUUGUGUCUCGGUGGUUUUGUUUCUAACUUCCUUCUCCACUUUUUUUUUCCACCUCUGAAACCAAAUAAAGACCAUGUAACUGUAUAUUCCAGAUCUAAUCUUAUUUAUUAUUAUUUUUUUCCUAUGAUUAUUUAUUUGCAAGGGCUUCUUGUGUUAUUUGGCUUUGGGACUGCUGGGAAGGAUGCAUGGAGAGUACUGCAGCUUUAAGAUGCUGCCUUCGAAAAAAAACCAGCCUGACAUAGUUCUCAAGCUGCUCUGCAGUAGCUGCUUUGACCUGAAUCUUUAUGCUGAACACAUAGGACUGUAAAUCCAAAACCUUCCUGGAUGUGAUAAAGAUGACUGGAUUUCUAAUUCCCUUACUCAGAGAAGGUCAAAUGUAAAACCUAGUGGGGUUUUGUUUCCUCUGCUGUCUCUCCUUUCCAGGCACCAAAGCUCCCGACAACUCCGGGUUGCUGCUGCCCC